UGUGGUGAAGGGAAAAGGGCCGCCAUGCAGCCAGCUCAGGGUGAGGUUUGCUUCGAAGAGGUGGCCGUGCGUUUCACCCAGGGGGAGUGGAGCCUGCUGAGCCCGGCCCAGAGGUCCCUGUACAAGGAGGUCAUGCUGGAGAAUUUUGGCCACGUGGCCUCUUUGGGACCCCAGAUUGCCAAACCUGACCUCAUCUCCUGGCUGGAGGAAGAGGAAGAGCUGUUUCUCCCAUUCUCUGAUGAAGAGGAAGCAUUUGCAGCAGGAGGCGUGUGGGAGUCAGAGUGUGGGAAACUCUUCCAUCAAAGUGGAAACCUUUCUUCACACCAAACAAUUCGCACAAGGAAAAAACUAUAUAAAUGCCUGGAGUGUGGGAAAAGUUUCUCUCGGAGUGAUAAUCUUAAUUCCCAUCAAAGGAUUCACAAAGGAGAGAAACCAUACCAAUGCCUGGAGUGUGGGAAAAGCUUCAGUCGAAGUGGAAACCUUAAUUCCCAUCAGAGGAUUCACACAGGAGAAAAACCAUACCAAUGCCUGGAGUGUGGGAAAAGUUUCUCUCAGAGUGAAAGCCUUAAUUCCCAUCAAAGGAUUCACACAGGAGAGAGACCGUAUAAAUGCCUGGAGUGUGGAAAAGGUUUCAAGCGGAGGGGAGAACUUACUGCCCAUCAAAGGAUUCACACAGGAGAGAAACCAUAUAAAUGCCUGGAGUGUGGGAACAGUUUCUCUCAGAGUGAAAGCCUUAAUUCCCAUCAAAGGAUUCACACAGGAAAGAAACCAUACAAAUGCCUGGAGUGUGGGAAAAGCUUCAGUCGAAGUGGAAACCUUAAUUCCCAUCAAAGGAUUCACACAGGAGAGAAACCUUAUAAAUGUCUGGAGUGUGGGAAAAGUUUCUCUCGGAGUGAUAACCUUAAUUCCCAUGAAAGGAUUCACACAGGAGAGAAACCAUACAAAUGCCUGGAGUGUGGAAAAGGUUUUAAGCGGAGUGGAGAACUUACUGUCCAUCAAAGGAUUCACACAGGGGAGAAACCAUAUAAAUGCCUGGAGUGUGGGAUAAGUUUUAGUCGGAGUGAUACGCUUACUUCCCAUCAAAGAGUUCACAAAGGUGGAAAACCAUAGAAAUGCUUGAAGUAUGGAAGGACGUUAUGUCAGGUAAAUCAGCUGCCAAAAUUAGCAAGCGGUGAAAUAAAACUGUGUGAUAACGUGUUCCAUAAUUCAGUACAAUUCCAUAAAAACUUUCAGAAUUGACAACCAAAGGCUAAAAAUCCCAGCCACUGCAUGUCGCCAUUUAGCAGGGGAGGGCAGCGCCAGAUCCAGGGUUGCCCAUGCCCGGGGCAACCCUUGGCUUACUGCCUUGUGCGUGCAUGCGCUGCGUGAUGACGUCACUUUGGUGAUGUCAUCACGCAGGGAGGACGGAGGCAGUGUGCAGGGCUGAGAAGCCGCCCACCCCAUUCGCCUUCCUGCAGGCGAAUGACGUGGGCGGCCUCGCAGCCCCCCGUGCUGCUUUCGCCUGCUCUGCAGGACAGGGGACA